UAAGUUACAGCACACAGGAGGAAGCCAAGAGGGGGGGACGGUGAGAAUCAUGUUCUAGCAAGCAGGGUUACAAGGGCCGUCAAAUUACAUUUAGAGGGGGGAGUUGACUGCAUACAAGGCACAUAUUCUAUAAGCUCUGGAAGCAAACCAGGAUCUCCCACACUGCUCAAUGCAACUGCUUCAUGAAGACAGGACAGCAACUUUCUGAACUGCUUUUCUCACCAAGAGACCGUUCCAUCCCUUUAACAUAAUGACACAGUGUUCCAGUUGUAAUUAUGCUUUCGUUUAAUGGUGGCAGCAAAACCUCUCGUCUUUAUUUUUAGGCCGGCACAUGGAACUCUGAGCGCAGCGCUCAUACAAUGAAUUGGAAGUGCUUAAACUCUCUGUAAGCCAAUCUGAACUGGUGCUGAGAUUGUUGAAGGACAUACAAGUAAAAGGAAACUAUUCUAAAAGCCUAAAAGUCUAAAGCUACUCGAGUUUUGUCGUGGAACGUUGCAUUAUGGAGGUUCUGUGGAUGCUGCUGGUGCUGUUGGUCCUGCAUCUUUCCACUUUAACUAUGUCCAUGUCUACCUGCAAGGCUGUGGAUAUGGAAGACGUCAGGAAGAGGAGAAUUGAAGCCAUCAGGGGCCAAAUUCUCAGCAAACUAAAACUGGACAAAACACCAGACGUAGACAGUGAGAAGAUGACAAUGCCCAGCGAAGCCAUCUUCCUUUAUAAUAGCACCUUGGAGGUGAUCAGAGAAAAAGCAGCCAGAGAAGAAGAACAUGUGGGGCAAGAGCAGAACAUACAGGACUAUUAUGCAAAACAAGUACACAGAUUUAAAAGCACGAACCACCUGGAAGACCGUAUAUUUAAGUUUAUAUUUAAUGCUUCGAAUGUGAGGGAGAACGUGGGUAACAAGUCUCUUCUGCACCAUGCGGAGCUGCGCGUGUACAGGAAGAAGCAGACAGAUAAAAAUAGCAGUCAAAGGAUGGAAUUAUUCUGGGAAAAUAAGGAAAAUGUGUCAAGAUCAAGAUACCUGGAUAGCAAGUACUUUACUCCAGUAACAGAUGAUGAGUGGGUGUCGUUUGAUGUUACAAAGACUGUAAAUGAAUGGCUGAAACAUGCAGAGGAGGAUGAAGAAUUCAGGUUGCAGCCUGCCUGCAAAUGUGAAAGCGAACAGACCAAGAACAUAGACAUAGAAGGGUUUCCUAUUAAGCGUGGAGACAUGGGGGAUUUGGGUUCCGAUGAAUUCAAGAAACCCUACCUGAUGAUCACUUCAAUGCCAGCCGAGCGUAUUGACAAGGUUACAAGCUCACGGAAAAAGCGUGGGGUUGGACAGGAUUAUUGCUUUGUGAACACUGGACCAAACUGCUGUGUGAAACCUCUUUACAUAAAUUUCCGCAAGGAUCUAGGCUGGAAGUGGAUCCAUGAACCUAAGGGUUAUGAAGCAAAUUAUUGUUUAGGAAAUUGUCCUUACAUCUGGAGCACAGAUACUCAGUACAGCAAGGUGCUAUCCCUUUACAAUCAGAACAAUCCUGGUGCAUCCAUUUCUCCCUGCUGUGUUCCUGAUGUCCUGGAGCCACUGCCAAUCAUUUAUUAUGUUGGCCGCAAUGCCAAGGUUGAGCAGCUCUCUAAUAUGGUGGUAAGGUCUUGCCACUGCAGCUGAGUACAGCUUGGGGGCAAAAAGCAAAGACAUGGUACGGAACACACGGAACAAACCACCUUACUGCUUUAACCAGUGGCGAACAAGGAGACCAUGAAGUCAAGUCAUGACCAUUGAUGAACCCUUUAAUUCCACAUCUGCACAGAGCAAUUGCUGAAAGCACAGACAUGGAUUUCAGAUUCUUCUACAGCAAUACACCCUUGGUACCAACUGCAACCCUUCACUUCACUGCUCAGAUACUGUAUCAAGAUUUUAUGAAAGUGCUUCCCUGCCAAAUGUUAUGGACAAAUCUUAAAUUUUGGCAAACGCUAAACCUGGCUUCUGGAUAAACUCAUCUGAAAGCAUCCAGUCCAUGUAAAUGGGUUUUAUCUACACUUAUUAUGGCAGAGAAAUAAGGGAUGUGCCUCUUUAUAAUCAGAAGGCCAGCUUACAAGAGAUAGACUAAAAAAAAGCAGAACCCUUUCUAGAAUCUGUUUGGUGGUUAUUACAUUAUAUUUAUGGUAAGCUAGAGAAUAAUCUACAUUGAAAAAACGCUGUUGUUUCCGGUCGCAAGACCUUACAGUGAAGUUAGCCCAUUCCAUGCUGAAUACGGAUUGGAGAAUCUCGAAAUUCUUUAUAGAUUGUAUGUUUAUUAACAUAUAUAAUUAAUUGCCAAAUCAAAGCUCAAGCAUUUCUUAAGGUAUAUUAUCCAAAAAGCAUGGGUGUUCCCAUGUUGAUUUCUACUCUCCCAGCUAGUAGAGCUAUGAUUGUGUUCAAAGGAAGCAAAAAUAAUUAUUUACAUAUCCAGGAUACAGGAAUAAACCAGAAAGAGAAACAUAUCAGUGCCCCCUCUGCUGCAGGAAUGACCUCUCAGACAUAACUGGACGAAAUACAGAAAGCCAUGUGCAGGUACCCACUGAACAAGGAAGGAGCUAAUAAUUCCUGUUUAAAGGAGGUUUUUUUUUUUUACCUUAUUUUUUAUUUGUCUUAUUUUAUAUAGUUUUUUUUUAAUAUUUAAAAUAUUUUGUUUUAAUGUGGAAAAAUAAAAAGAGGUACAUAAAUAUUUUGUGUGUGCUUUUGAUUUGGAGGGGUCUUGCAUGCACUUCAACUACUGACCCCCUACCCCAUUUCUGGAGGAUUUCUUUAUACAGAACUUGUGGUCCUGGUCCCCUUAUGCCCCGGCCCCCCUGCAGCCUUAGGGUUUGUUCUUCUAUACUUAUGCCCCUAAUGAAACCUGGCCAGCCCGUUGAAGACAAGCAACAUUCCCUGGGAAUUAGACUGCUAGUUGAGCCCCUUGAUGCAUACCUCCUAACUGUCCCUUUUUUGGAGGGACAGUCCCUCUUUUGACAGCU